GGCGGCGCGCGCUCCCUGCUCCCAGGACCGAGCACCUUGCGGCGGGCUUGGCGCCGCAUCGCCCGGUGCAGCGCAGCUCUGGGCAGCGCCGCGGCCUUUCGGCCUCCGAGCUACAGCAGCGGGAGGCUGGCCGAGAUGCUGGAGAGGUGGAGAGUCGAGGUCACCUUUCCAGUUUGGAGCCCCGGAUUCUCCCAGGCCUUCCAGCUCCCACCAUCCCUAUCCCUAGCUCCCUAGAGGAAACCCGCAUUCUUGGGUGACGUCAGACCUCUGGAUUCUGGAGCCUGACUGGGCCUUGGGCCCUCCAGUCCCCCCUGGAAACCGGUGUUCUCUUUCCUGGGGAUGGUGCACGCCAUAGGGGAUGGGGGCGACUGGAGGCGGGGUAACUGUGGCAUCCUUUGCGUCCUUCCUCACUAGAGGCGCGCCCGCUGGUGAACCCAGAACCAUUUGAAAGUAAGUUGCAGACAAGACACUGUACCUGUAAAUACUUCAGCAUGUAUCUCCUAAGAACAAAGAUAUUCUCCUAGUUCAGAACAAAGAGGCUGGGCCAGCUGGUGCCAUCAUGGCAGAAAGAGUGAACAACUUCCCACCACUGCCCAAAUUCAUCCCACUGAAGCCAUGUUUCUACCAAGACUUUGAGGCAGACAUCCCUCCCCAGCACCUCAGCAUGACCAAGCGACUCUACUACCUCUGGAUGUUGAACAGCGUCACGCUGGCGGUGAACCUGGUGGGCUGUCUCGCGUGGCUGAUUGGAGGUGGGGGAGCCACCAACUUUGGCCUCGCCUUUCUCUGGCUCAUCCUCUUCACACCCUGCUCCUACGUCUGCUGGUUUCGGCCCAUUUACAAGGCCUUCAAGACUGACAGCUCCUUUAGUUUCAUGGCAUUCUUCUUCACCUUCAUGGCCCAGCUGGUCAUCAGCAUCAUCCAGGCUGUGGGCAUCCCAGGCUGGGGCAUCUGCGGCUGGAUUGCCACCAUCUCCUUCUUUGGAACAAACGUUGGCUCAGCGGUGGUGAUGCUCAUUCCCACCAUCAUGUUCACAGUUGUGGCUGUCUUUUCCUUCAUUGCCCUCAGCAUGGUUCAUAAAUUCUACCGGGGCAGUGGGGGAAGUUUCAGCAAAGCUCAGGAGGAGUGGACCACGGGGGCAUGGAAGAACCCACACGUGCAGCAAGCAGCCCAGAAUGCAGCCAUGGGGGCAGCCCAGGGUGCCAUGAAUCAGCCGCAGACUCAAUAUUCUGCCACCCCCAACUACACAUACUCUAAUGAGAUGUGAGCCAGCCAAGCCUACUGGGAGGCAGGGCUGGGGGAUGAUGGAAUGGGGCUCAAGUCACAUAAUCUGUUGUGGUGACCAAGCAGGGUUCUCCCUUUCCUUUUCUCCUCUUUGUACAAAGAAAAAGAAAGAAAGAAAAAAAAUAUAUAUCCCCUGCCCCUUUGGAUUUUGCUCUGAGCAUUCUGAGAGCUAUAGGCUGCACAUGGAACUGCCCCAUGUUGCGGUAGUAGUUGUGUCCAUGUCCCAUGUAAAGUAGUGUGCAGUGGAGGUCUCUGUUGUGGUGCUAGAUGUAUAUUUAGAACUAAAUCAGCUGCCCACCCUCCAUCUGGCUACUCCCUCUGACCUUGGCCCAAGGACCCCUCAUGGGACAGGAGGCAUAGCCGAGAGAGCCUGGCCCCCUCCCCAGGAUUAUGAGUUGAAACUGUUUCCACUUUUGGUCUUAUUGGGAAGUGACACUAUUUAGCACUCAUGGUAGUGGUGGUAGUGGGUGGGAGGGUGGGACAGGCCGGGGAUCUUUCCUUGCUCCUAAUUUGAGUACCCUUCCCCUCCUCUCUUUCUGCUGUCACAUUCCCUGUGGUCUAUUCUCUUGCCCAGGAUUUUUCUCUUCCCCAUGUGGUUUUUCUUUGUCUUCCCCAAUGCUGAAUGUCGCAGUAGUAUCUGCUCCUGAGACUGAGCCCAUUCCCAGAUCAAAGAAGCAGAUAGGAAUGCUGAGCCUUAGCCCUGAUGUGGGAUGGCACACUGAUGCAGAGCCCUUUGGGCACCUGUCUCGCAGGGAAUGGCAUUGCAGGGUCAUCCUCCUGACUCUCAGAGCUAAGCCUGUAGAGGCAGGCUCCUCUUUUUCCUAUCCUGCUUCCCCUGCUUCUCUUCCAAGAGACCCCUCGAGCCCCUCUGCCUAGGUCUCUCCCCAAACCCCAAGCUGCUGUGGCCUGAUGCUGCCACCCUACCCUGCCUUCCCUGAAGAAUUGGGUGGUGUUCAGGCAAAGGUACAGCUGAAGUAGAGGACAUGUAAAUAAUUAUUGUUUCCUGGGUGAGGUCUGGCUGGUUCAAGACUGCAGGGAGGUACUAGGUGUCUCUGAGUGACUGACCAUUGGAUUCCUGGCAGCAGUAGCUGUUCUGUGUGCUUCUGGUAGAAGGGAUAGGCUCAGAGGGCUGGGCCUGGAGGGAAGAUCAGAGGAGAGGGGAGGCAUGGCCCAUUGAGAGUGCUGCAUGACUCCCCCUUGCCAACUUGCUCUUGGUCACAGGCCAGUUCUGGGCACUUGAACUUAGGGCCCAGGAAGAAGCAAAGGGCCAAUCUUUUCAGUAGGCUCAAUGGCUGGAAUGGGAUUUCAGGUUAGUAUUGGUGGGAAGGGAGCCUCUCUGGCUUUUGCUUGUUUUUUCACAUCAAGAUAACUUGCUACCUUCUGCCUACUAGCCUUGGUUCUUGGCCCUUCCUCACCCUGCCAGAACCCCUUUCUCUUCCAGGACAGUGAUUUCAGGGUUAUAGGGCUAUUCUGCUCCAAGCAUUAUGAGAAUGUUGCUGGUAAAGACCCUGGCUCUCUGAGGCUUGGAGGGGAGUGGAUUCUCACUCAAGGAGUAGCUGCUCAUUUCCUACUCUCCCUUCUCCUACCUGGGUAUUUGGCCUGAAGAACCAAACCCUGCUUGGCCAUUGUGGACUGGCUCCAGCUUGGAACCCAGCACCUGGGCUUCCAGUUAUGAUCCUGAGCUUUGAGCUCCAAGCACUAAAUUUUCCUAUAAGGGAGCCAGGGCCUCUGGGAAGUUCUCUUUCUAAUGGUCCCUUAGGCUUGGGCCAGAGUGUGAUUGGCUCUCUCCUCUACCACUUUCUCUCCAAAAAGCAUUUGUUACAGCCCAUAGUACACUAGGUCUAGGUUCUUCCUUCCCUGUCUUCUCCCCAAGCCCAGACCUCUGGCUCCCUUUCUCUUAGUCUCUGUGGUAGCUUCAGAAAGGCCUGUGGUCUAGCUGCAAGCCCAGGAUCCAGGACCUGCUGCUUGCCACCUCCAGUCAAUUUCCUUCUCUUCCUGCCUUUCCUUUGUCCUGGCCCAAGACCUAUGUGACCAUGCCUGACUGUCCUUGGAAGGCCUGCUACUUGUGUGUGGCUGAGCUUGUCCAGGCCCUUGGAUGCUGCAUCUCCAGGCAGCUAAGCACUUUUCUGGUGAAAGAUCUAGUAUGAGAAAUGGGGCUGGGCACAGAUUCAUCUCUGCAGGAUGGUCUGGGGGGUGGGGUGGAAGAAGCCCACGUCAGUGUUUUGAAUCCUCAGGUUUGCAGCCAGUGACCUGUUUUUGUAUUCUUAUUUCUGGGAGACAUAGACCAUUCUCCAUCUGGCAGUUGACCUGCUUGAGCCAGUGUGUCUGUGGUAACUGAGUGAACCAUAAUAAAUGGGAACAUUUGGCCCUGUGUA